CCGCGGCUCAACCAUCAUCGACAUCGCGAAAAUAUCCUUUUCAAUGGUGGCUGGCGGUGCCGGUGUUCUUGAUUUGUGUCAACUAUUACGCGUUGAUGGGUCUCGUUCGAAGCAUGAGAGCUAACGGGAUCACUCCGAUUGCAGUAUAGCCAAAGUACAGCACUGUCGGGAACGAUCACCGGUGAUGGCAGCCGUGGAAGUGCAGGUGACGCGCUACGUCGACAAUGUUUUGCAAAAUGACACGCUGGAGGAAGUGUUCAACUGCUUCAUUAUCCACUCGCAAGAAGUACAAGAAUUCAAGGAGAGGACUUAUCAGGAGGACAUCAAGACCCUAUUUUCUGGCAUCGCACAGGAAUCGCUGGAUGCUGCAUUGAAGCAGUAUGUCUCACUGGUCUCCAACUUGAGCAAUCACCGCCAGAUGCAGACCUUGUUGUCUCUCCUACACCAUGCAGUCACUGUGGGCGUUGUUCAGCCAAAACCUGUGUGCGAUGCGCUCUUGGCCACCGACAAAUUCCACUACACUGCGGAAGAGUAUUGGUGCCAGUCGUUGUGUCUCAUUCAGAAGAUUGUGGCUGGAAUCGACUACAAGGGUGUUCGUGACCUCUUGAAGGCAAUAUUUGAUAAGGCACUUUCGAUACCUCCGACAGUAAACAUAUCCAUGAUGAGGCAGCUGAACACAAUCAGCGGGGUAUUGGAGCACAUUUUCGACCGCAACGCUGCUCUGCUACCGAGCUACCUGAUCUUUGAUGACGUCCAGAAGCGGUUGGCGUCAAAGACAAACUGGCCACACUGGAAAUUUGCCAAACUUGUCUCUGACUUUGUGGACAGCUUCCAGCCCUGUGCCCAAAUGGUGACCAUCGUAGGUCGUUCCAAACUUCGGCCUGUCGUGGGCCAUUCUGGAACGUGCUGCACUGUCUGGAAGCUUGACCCCAACACGGCCAAGUUUACAAUGAAAGGACAGCUGCCUUACAGUGCGGAGGUCCAGCAGCCCCAGACGGAGCUCCUCAGGUAUGUGCUGGAGCAGCCAUACUCGAGGGAGAUGGUGUGCAGCAUGUUGGGUCUCACAAAGCAGCAAAAGCAGCGCUGUCCGGUGCUGGAGCAAGAACUGGUGGCGCUUGUCGUCCGGGCUAUGGAGAAGUCGGAACAGGAAGGUCCCGAGGAACCCAUCGAGCUCUUCUGGCAGAACCUAUCGAGCCAGCUCAUCUACUUCGUGCUCUUCCAGUACGCGAACUUCCCGCACAUGGUGCUUGCAUUGCACGACCAGCUGGUUGGCAAGAACCUGCGCAAGGGCAGGGACCAUCUGAUGUGGGUUCUACUGCAGUUCAUCUCUGGAAGCAUCACCAAGAAUCCGCUCAACGAUUUCCUGCCGGUGAUGAAACUGUACGACCUGUUGUACCCGGAGAAGGAGCCGCUGCCGUUUCCAGACGUGACCAAGCCGCACUGCACUCGUGCACUGGCCAUUACGUCCAUCUGGGUGCACCUGACCCGUAAGGCACAGCUGGAAAAAGUGCGGCUACAACGGCCCCUGCCACAUGCGUUGGCCACACACCUCGAGUACCUGCAACAACCCUUCGUGUCAAAUACAACUCUCAGCUUUGGAAGUGAUUACUGGAUCUCGCUUCUCUGCAAUGCAUACAGCACGAAUCAGGAGUACUUCAUGCGCCCCAUGGGAAUACUGGCUGAGGCCAUCCAGUGCAGUCAGCGCAACCAGGGUUCCAUGUCAUCGUCGAAUUCCAACACGCCUAACCCAACGCACCCACUGGGCAUGAAUGUGCUUGACUCGUUAACAGUUCACACCAAAAUGAGCCUGAUCCACAAUGUGGUGACUCACGUAAUGAAGAUUCCGCAAGCAAAGUCGACAGUCUCCCUUACGCCAGCACUCAUAGAAACCUACAGCCGUCUGCUGGUGUACAGCGAGAUCGAAUCGCUUGGGAUCAAGGGCUUCAUCAAUCACCUUCUGCCGACGGUAUUCCGUCAGCAGGCGUGGGGCAUCCUGCACACGCUGCUGGAGAUGUUCAGCUACCGUCUUCACCACAUUCAGCCGCACUACCGUGUCCAGCUGCUGUCGCACCUGCACAGCCUGGCCGCCGUGCCGCAGACCAAUCAGACGCAGCUGCACCUCUGUGUCGAGAGCACUGCCCUCAAGCUGAUCACCGGCCUUGGCAGUGCGGAAGUCCAACCACAGCUGUCUCGCUUCCAGACCGAGCCCAAGACACUGCUCUCCUCCGAGUCGGAGGAACUGAACAAAGCACUCAUUCUGACACUUGCCAGAGCAAUACACAUCACAGGGUCCGAGUCUCUCUCCAUGGUGUGGUGCAAGGAGCUGCUGACCACUGCAAUGCAGAGCACGCCGCACAGCUGGUCGAGCCUGACUCUGCUCAGCUUUCCCCACAGCCUGUCUGAGUUCUUCCAGCAGCACCAAGCGCAGCGGGAGAACAAGACCCAGCUCAAGCGUUCCGUCGAGGAGGAGUACCGCAAGUGGAAGACAAUGAGCAACGAGAAUGAUAUCAUCGCACACUUUUCUCAGCAGGGGACGCCGCAUCUGUUUUUGUGCCUUCUGUGGAAGAUGCUGCUGGAAAACGACCGCAUUAGCCCACUGGCUUACAAAAUUUUGGACAGGAUUGGUGCUCGUGCCUUAUCUUCGCACCUGAGAACAUUUGCAGACUUUCUGGUCUUCGAAGUAUCCAAUUCAGUUGGAGGACAGCAUGUUAACAAGUGCAUUGAUGCCCUAAAUGACCUGAUUUGGAAGUAUCAUGUCAUCUCACUGGACCGGCUAAUCCUUUGCCUGGCACUUCGAAGCUUUGAAGGCAAUGAAAUCCAGGUGUGCUUCUUCAUCAUACAAAUGCUGCUGAUCCGACCGUCGGAGUUCAAGAACCGAGUUCUGGAUUUUGUCUUGGACAAUUCCCCAGAGCAUUGGAAGCAAACGGACUGGCAUGAGAAACACUUGGCAUUUAACAGGAAAUACCCGGAGAAGUUCUAUUUUGAGGGCCUGCAGGACCUGAGUGGACAGAGCCAGCAGCACACCUACCUGCCUGUUUACUUUGGAAACAUCUGUCUGCGUUUCAUUCCGGUGAUGGACAUAGUCAUCCACCGUUUCUUAGAGCUCUACCCCGUGGCCACCAUCUCGGUCGAGUCUAUUCUUGAUCACCUAGGCUGUCUGUACAAGUUUCACGACCGGCCACUGACGUACCUGUACAACACCCUCCACUACUAUGAGCAGAAGCUGAAGGACAGGCCACCUCUUAAGAAGAAACUGGUUGCUGCCAUCACCGGGUCACUCAAGGACAUCCGGUCAGGUAAUUGGGCUCUGAGUGAAGCCUACCUUAACUACCUGCAGCGGCCAACAGAGGACACUGCCUGGAUACCGGACCUUGAUUAUUACAUCGGACUCGUGGGGCGAAUGGCUGACACUGUUGCUGGGAGGUCUCCAUUCCCACACACAGACUGGCGUUUUAAUGAGUUUCCCAAUCCGGCUGCCCAUGCCUUGCAUGUAACGUGCAUUGAGUUGAUGGCAUUGCCCAUCUCUGCAGCUGUGGUCGGGAAUGCCUUGCUGGAUGUUGUGCUCAAAGGGCACACGGUACUCCUACGUAGCAGCAUAGAAAACUGGAUGAAUGCCAUUGGGCUGAUUCUUACCGCGCUCCCUGAGCCGUACUGGGCUGUGCUCAACGACCGAAUCCUGGCAGCUUUGCAAGGACCUCAUCUGGCCACAUCCUCUGGCAGCAAGCAGAGCAUCUUCCAGCUUCUCAGUUUCUCCUCCAAUCACAGCAGCAUCACUGAAGUGCAGUGUUGCUACCUGAUGGCACUGGUGCAUGCUGUCUGGUACCACGCCAGUGUUGGCCAGAUCAGCCAGAUUCCACAGAUCAUGCGUGACCGGUUCAAGCCUGUGGUGAAAACCGAGGAGCAGUUCCUUUUCCUGUGCCAUCUGGUGGCCCCAUUCUUCCAGCGUAUGGGAAGUGAGAGGUCGCGGAUUGUGAUGGACAUCACCAUGGAGCUGUACGAAAUGCUGGAGAAUGUUGAUAAGAACUGUGAGCAGCUGAAUUACAUUGACCAGAUUACUGAUCUCCUGUACCACAUCAAGUACAUGUUCACUGGUGACUCCAUCAAGACGGAAAUAGAGAGGAGCAUCCGCAACCUGCGACCGGCGUUGCAACGUAGGCUGCGCUUCAUCACGCACCUCAACAUUGAGGAGACGGCUGCGACGUGAACCUCUGCUUUCAUCACUGUAAGAGACACUAAGAGGGAA